AUGUGUCAUGGCGGUAAAAUUAUUCUUUCCCAUGCGGCUUUUGCAGUCCAGCCCAAUUGUACUAACCUUGUAUCAGACAUCAGCGGUCGGAAUAUGGCAUUUACUUACAACAAAUUGCUAACCUCACAUGAGAAGGGCAAGGGCUUUUCGAUGUUCUUGGCUCCCCAGUAA